AUGAGUUCCGUCGAGUGCUAUCCGUCACGCGGGGACGAUGUCGCCGUCGUGUCGCUGGAUUCUCUCCCGUUAGGGUUCCGAUUCCGACCUACCGAUGAGGAACUCAUCGAUUACUACCUGCGGCAGAAGAUUAACGGUAAUGGUGCCGAGGUUUGGGUUAUCCGAGAAAUUGAUGUAUGCAAAUGGGAGCCGUGGGACAUGCCUGAUUUGUCGGUGAUACGGAACAAGGAUCCGGAAUGGUUCUUCUUCUGUCCACAGGACAGAAAGUAUCCAAAUGGGCAUCGAUUGAACAGAGCAACGAGUCAUGGGUAUUGGAAGGCAACGGGGAAGGAUCGUAAAAUAAAGUCUGGAAUGAGUUUGAUUGGAAUGAAGAAAACUUUGGUGUUCUACACUGGUCGUGCACCCAAAGGGAAGAGGACCAAUUGGGUUAUGCACGAGUAUCGCCCCACCUUGAAGGAGCUUGAUGGCACCAAUCCUGGACAGAAUCCAUAUGUCCUUUGUCGCUUGUUCAAGAAACAAGAUGAGAGCCUUGAAGUUUCGCACUGUGACGAGGCAGAACAAACUGCUUCAACUCCAAUUGCUGCCAAUUACUCUACAGAGGAAAUAGUUUCUGGUCUUGCUGUUGCUGCAGUGUCCCCAUCACUGGUUACAGAGGACGCAAAGGAUCAGGUAAUUGUCCCUGCGCACUCUGAGGAAGAAAUAUCUAACGUUAUAACUCCGGUUGAUUGCCGUAGUGAUGGAUAUGAUGCUUCUGAUGCACAAAAUCAAUAUGUGGCACCAUCAGCAGAGGAGUUUCAGCCAUCGAACUUUGAUAUAUUUUAUGACCCAAAAAACGAGCUAUUGGAUGACAAAUUAUUCUCUCCUGUACUUGCACAUAUUCAACCAGAAAUUCAUUAUCAACCAAACAGUGAAUCAGAUGGUCGAUUCGGGCUUCAAUAUGGUACUAAUGAGACAAACAUUACAGACUUUCUGAAUUCUGUUGUUAACUGGGACCAACUACCCUACGAGGAGUCCAAUUGUCAACAGUGGAGCUACCCCUCAUUCAAUGUUCAGAAUAACGUAUUAGGCAGCGACAUAGGUGCUGAACUUGCCAAUAUGACAUAUAUGCAAGCUGAUUACGCUGAGGAGGCAAACGACAGAAAGAUUCCUUUGGUGAUUACACCAGAAUUUUGCAGCACCACUGGCAUCCCCAUUGAGCAUGGUAGUGAUGAGCAAAAGAUCAAUGUUGAGUUCUUUCAAAACAAUUCCUUAACUGAUGUUAAUAUGGGCCAAGUAUACAAUGUAUUUAAUGCUUAUCAGCAAGAAAGCAUCUUUAAUACAGUUCCUAGUGGGGAUACUGGAAUCUUAAGGAGGACUCGAGUGGUACAAAAUGAACAACUAAGUGCAAACUCAACACAAGGUACAGCACAAAGGAGAAUUCGUUUGCAGCAGAAGGCACAGAAUGAACUCUCAAAUAAAAUGGUGAAAAAUAGAAGUUGUGUACAAGUGCCUAAUUCAAAACAAAUCACUGCUGUGGAGAAGAAAGCUUCACAAAAGCAUGCUUCUGAUGAAAGUGCUACUCUGACUGAUGAUGGUAAUGAACAGAAGAAGAAGACACCUGAGUCAAAUUGCAAUAGAAAGAUUUCCCGACAAGUUACAAAAGCAAGUUCCACCUUGGGGUUAAAAGAUUUUUUAUUACUCAGAAGGGUGCCACACAUUUCAAAGGCUACCUCCAAUCGUGCCAAGUGCUCUUCUGUUUUUGUAGUUUCAGCCUUUGUAAUAGUCUCAUUAGUGGUCUUCACUGACAUCUGCGGAUAUCUUAAAUUCUAA